AUGUCCACCUUGAAUUCAGCAGAUUUCAUCAUUAACUCAACAACAAAGAGAGUAAGCCUUCCGCCUCUGAUAUCUCCUAAACUUCCAUCUGUAUUGCUUGAAAGGUUCUCUAUACCUCAGUUAAAGAUAGGGGAUAUCUGCAUUGAACAAUCCAAGAGCAAACCGAGAGAACGGUCGGGACAACGGUCGGGACAACGGUCGAGACAACGGUCCCCGAUAAAGCCAGAUCAUCCAGCUGUGAAUGAUUACGUUUUGAUAGCCAAGGGUUUGAAACAUGACGGAGAAAAUAAGUUCAACGGUAAAGAUUAUAAGCAUGCAAUUCUUUGUUUUACUGAGUCUCUCUUGCUAUUUGUCAUUGACUUCUAUCUCAAUGAAAAGAAGGCCCUUCAGAAACGUCAGGAAUCCAAACAUCCUCUGAAACUUCGUGAAAAGGAGUGGAUAAGUCUAGUCAAGUACAGCCUGCAUAUAGUGAACAAUUUCGACUCUCUUAAGGCAGAGAUUCCAGAAUUGAAGUAUCUCUUUGGCCUCUGUCAUUAUGUGAAUGGAUUCAUACUUAAACACAUGAUUAACUUGAAGGAGCAGAAACUAAGGGAGGCCAUGGACGAGGCUGUUGCUCAAUCCGUCACAGAUAAACACAGACAGGUGAUUAUGACGCAGAAGCUGUUGAAGCUAAGAAGAGCGUCAAGGAAUUCACUACGCAAAGGAGAAGCCCUGCUAUCACUGUUUGAUGUUAUAGAAAAGUUCCCUCACUUGUUCAAACAGAGCAAGAGAAGUAUCGAUGAUGUAAAUCUAGAAGAGUUCAUUCUUCCAGGCCAUGGACCAGAGCAUGGAAUUGACUACUGCUUACCAAUAGCAGAACAUACAUUCAGCUUGAUAACGAUGGUGAACUUCGGAAUGUUUUUAUUGAAAGACUGGGCUAUAUUGACCGGGGUGAACGACUAUAAGUGGAGUAUAUAA